AUGCACCCGCACGGGACCCGCACUCACACGGGACCCGCACCCGCACGGGACCCGUACCCGCACCCGCACCUGCACGGGACCCGCACCCGCACGGGAUCCGCACCCACACGGGACCCGUACCCGCACGGGACCCGUACCCGCACGGGAUCCGUACCCGCACGGGAUCCGCACCCGUACGGGACCCGCACCCGCACGGCACCCGCACCCGCACCCACCUGUACCCGCGCCCAGACCCGGACCCACCCCGCGCCCGGUGACCUUGGGACAACUGGGCUCUGCACCCUGCUGGCCCCGGGGCCGGGCUGGGAAGCCGCUGCGCCCCCACCUCCGCGGGGGCGGGAGGCAGAGGAGCCCGCAGCCCCGACCCCUCCGGAGCCCUCAGCCCGCGCCGCAGCUCCGCGCCCCUCGCCGAGCUUUCCCGAGGAGCCGAGUCCACGCCCGAGCGCCUCCGAGCGGCUCCCCAGGCCGAGCCCGAGCGGCCCCGAAGGGCUCCGAGCGGCUCCCCAGGCCGAGCCCGAGCGGCCCCGAGCGCCUCCGAGCGGCUCCCCAGGCCGAACCCGAGCGCCUCCGAGCGGCUCCCCAGGCCGAGCCCGAGCGGCCCCGAGCGCCUCCGAGCGGCUCCCCAGGCCGAACCCGAGCGCCUCCGAGCGGCUCCCCAGGCCGAGCCCGAGCGGCCCCGAGCGCCUCCGAGCGGCUCCCCAGGCCGAGCCCGAACGGCCCCGAGCGCCUCCGAGCGCCUCCCCAGGCCGAACCCGAGCGCCUCCGAGCGCCUCCCCAGGCCGAGCCCGAGCGCCUCCGAGCGGCUCCCCAGGCCGAACCCGAGCGCCUCCGAGCGCCUCCCCAGGCCGAGCCCGAGCGGCCCCGAGCGCCUCUGAGCGGCUCCCCAGGCCGAACCCGAGCGCCUCCGAGCGGCUCCCCAGGCCGAGCCCGAGCGGCCCCGAGCGCCUCCGAGUGCGCCCAGCCUCCGGAAAGAGCCGAAGGCGCCUCCCACCCGCGCCCUCCCGAGCGGCUCCGGAAAGGCCCGAAGCUGCCCGAGCGGCCGUCCUGCCGGACUGCUGGAGGCGGCCGCAGCGCCAUGUUGGAUGUUCUGCUCGUUGCGUGAAGCCAAUCCGCCGGCAUCGCCCGAGCCCCGCGACCGCGAAGGGCGCCGCUUCCCCCGGGGAGGGGGACAGACACCCCCCGCCGCCGGCCCAUGAGGAUCUUGCCGUGAAAGAAACCGGCUCUGAAACCAGGCUCGGCGGCGGCAGGACCCGGCGGCCCCGGAGCGGCGGCGGCGGCCCCUCACCCGGCGGCGGCGGCGGCGGCGCCUCACCCGGCGGCGGCCCUCAGGGCCCUGCAGCCCCCGGCGUCCCAGCAGUAUCCUUUGACUCGCUGCCGGCCUCGUCUGGGGGCCGCGCCGGGCGGGGGGAGACCUGCCGGCCGUUACGGCGCAGCGGCGGCCCUGAGCGAGCGUCGCUUUUCGGACUCAGCCUGUCGGCGGGGUCCCCUCAGCCCAGCCUGUCACCCGGGGUCUCCUCAGCUCAGCCUGUCACCCGGGGUCUCCUCAGCCCAGCCUGUCGGCGGGGUCCCCUCAGCUCAGCCUGUCACCCGGGUCCUCUCAGUCCAGCCUGUCACCCGGGGUCUCCUCAGCCCAGCCUGUCGGCGGGGUCCCCUCAGCUCAGCCUGUCACCCGGGGUCUCCUCAGCCCAGCCUGUCACCCGGGGUCUCCUCAGCUCAGACUGUCACCCGGGGUCUCCUCAGCCCAGCCUGUCGGCGGGGUCCCCUCAGCUCAGCCUGUCACCCGGGGUCCCCUCAGCCCAGCCUGUCACCCGGGGUCUCCUCAGCUCAGCCUGUCACCCGGGGUCCCCUCAGCCCAGCCUGUCACCCGGGGUCUCCUCAGUCCAGCCUGUCACCCGGGGUCUCCUCAGCCCAGCCUGUCACCCAGGGUCUCCUCAGCCCAGCCUGUCGGCGGGGUCCCCUCAGCUCAGCCUGUCACCCGGGGUCUCCUCAGCCCAGCCUGUCGGCUGGGUCCCCUCAGCUCAGCCUGUCACCCGGGGUCUCCUCAGCUCAGCCUGUCGACCGGGUCCUCUCAGUCCAGCCUGUCACCCGGGGUCUCCUCAGCCCAGCCUGUCGGCGGGGUCCCCUCAGCUCAGCCUGUCACCCGGGGUCUCCUCAGCCCAGCCUGUCACCCGGGGUCUCCUCAGCUCAGCCUGUCACCCGGGGUCUCCUCAGCCCAGCCUGUCGGCGGCGGGGUCCCCUCAGCUCAGCCUGUCACCCGGGUCCUCUCAGUCCAGCCUGUCACCCGGGGUCUCCUCAGUCCAGCCUGUCGGCUGUCGCGCUGUGCUGUCAGGUGUCAUUUCUCUGCCCUUUGAACCACUCAGUCCUCAGGUUCGGCCUAUGCGGUACUGA